AUGGGUUCAUACACAGAUGUAGCACUUGUUCAGGAGGAGGUUGUAGUGCCCCCGACUUUUGGCUCGUCUCUGCAGACACCAAAUGUUUUGGAAAUAGCAAAGAUCAACCCUUUGCACGUCCCUGAAAGAUACCUUCUUAAGAAUCAAUGCCGAAGAGCGCGGAUCAUAUGUGUCAGCUUUCUUCGGAGAUUCCUACCACUGAUUUCUCUCUGCUUUCAAGUGGGAACACGGAGGAGCUUACCAAACUACGCUUGGCUUGCAAAGAAUGGGGCUUCUUCCAGGGAUGCAAUUGAGACAUAUUCUGGUGAAGUUAAAAAAGUUGGAGAGGAGCUCAUAAGAGCUCUAUCUUUAAUUAUGGGGAUGGAGAAGGAUUCUCUUCUCGGCCUGCAUAAAAGAAUCCGGAAGGAAGGAGAAUGGGCGCCGGUCAAGCCAAUUCCAAACCCUCUAGUUGUAAAUGUCGGAGAUGUUAUUGAGAUAUGGAGUAAUGGGAAGUACAAAAGUAUUGAACACAGAGCUGCCACAACUGAAGGCCAGGCAAGGUUAUCUUAUGCAACAUUUCUUAUACCACAUGAUGAUGUCGAAAUUGAACCAUUCGAUCACAUGAUGGACUGUCCACGAUCUGUUUGGAAGUACAAGAAAGUCAGAUGUGGAGAUGAUCUGAGGGAAUCCUUGAAGAUGAAAAUGAAUGGGAAGGCACACACUCAAGUGGCAAAGAUUGAAACUUAA